AUGAUUGCGGUUGAAGGCGGUAUACUCCAGGAAUUAUCAAACCGUUAUGACGAGAUAACUGCAGACCAAUUGGCUGAAAUAACAGGCCGUCCAAAGCUCGAUAUUGUCCGCGUACUGCGUCUCCUCACAGCAAUUGGAGCAUGUGUCAAAGUUGGGCUCCAGAGAUAUCGGGCAAACGAUAAGACGCCUGUGUUGUCGGUCGAACAAAGGACAGAUUGGGGGUUUGGGGGUCUGCUAAAUGUUACCACAAUCCAGCUCCUACCUUCCUGCGCCAUCACACCGAAUCUUGCCGAAUACUUCACCGAUUAUGCAAAGCGAAGUAUGUCCGAAUCUAAUCUCCAAUCAGCCUACUCAUAUACUUAUGGGAAGGAUAUGUAUGAUGUCCUGCGUGAAAACAAGGAGAGAAAGGCAGAUCUUGAUGCUUACAUGAAAGCUCUCAAGCAAGAAAAGAAACAAGGUUGGCAUCACGUUUAUCCUGUAAUGUCAGAGCUAUCACAGAUUGGCACUGGAGAUGAGAUAUCCCCGAGCACAAUUAUCGUUGACGUCGGGGCAGUCGUGGUCAUGAACUUGAAAGUUUCGCUGAGAGCAAUCCCGAGUUUAACGCCCACCAAAGGCGCAAGAAUCUAUCUGUUACUAGCAGUGUUCCAUAACUUGGAGGACGCCAAAUGUCGUACAAUCUUGAAGAAUUUGUCGGAUGCCAUGAAGCCGGGCUAUUCGCUUCUGCUGAUCUUGGGAAUACUCGUACCGGAGAUUGGAGCAGAUCGCCGCAUCGCAGAGCUCGACAUUCAAAUGUGGCUGCUACAGCAUAGCCGGCAGUGA